AUGCUCAACUGUGGAAAUCCGGCAGUAGACCCCAUGUUCAGAGUUAACCAGGAAUGCCUAGCAAAAGUAGUGCAAGUGAAUGACAGCGACUCUCUUCAGCCAUUUGGUGGCAUGCCAGGAUUAAUGGCUGCAUUAGAAACUAAUGCAGAAACAGGAAUAAGAGGGGAUGCCGGAGAUCUUUACCGCCGCCACAAAGCAUUUGGCCCCAACUUAUACAUGGAGCAGACGUGUCCCGUGGUGGUAGAUGGCUUCUUUCGGUUGGCUUUGCAAGGUUUUAAAGAUACUACAAUUAUCCUUCUUUUGUGUUGUGCUGUACUGUCUGCUGUAAUCGGAAUCAAGAGAAACGGGCCCGUUGAAGGGCUUAGGGAUGGAGUAAUAUUAGUUUCAGCCAUCUUCUUUGUCCUCUAUUUUGGUCUUAUCUGUAGAUUGAUCAAGUCCAGAAUGAGACAAAGGAGAUUGUCAAAGAAUAAAAAACACGUUUUUGUUGUACGACAUGGAAAAAUGCCUAAAAUUUCCGAUUCUGAAGUUGUGGUCGGUGAUAUUGUGUGCUUACAGGCUGGUAAUCAGGUCCCUGCUGAUGGAUUAUUCAUUGAAGGCAACUCUUUAUUUAAGCUCGAUGAUAAUUUUUUUCACGGCUAUUCCAAUUAUUACAAAAAUCCUUCUCUUUUUACUGGUGCCAAAGUGUUCCUUCCGUUGACGGUUUACGAACUGCUAUCAGUUGGCAAGAACACGGAAAGAAGUCGGCUAAUGAGAUCACUGAGCAGUACUCAGAAAAAUGAUAACCAAGAAUCCAAACUGCAAAUCUCUAUUGAUAAUACCAACUCCCGUCUGGAGAAAAUUUGGCUGAGUCUUUCGUUAUUCAUUCUUGUAGUCCAGCUUUUCCGAUGUUUCCUGUAUGUAUGUGAUGACAGUUACAACCCAGAUCCAAAGGGUGUGAAGAACACAGUAGAGGAUUUGAUGAAUGAAUCCGCAAAGCUGAUGAAGAAGCAAGGCACCAAAGCGAGUGGAUUGGUUGCUGUUCUUAGCAUCUUACUCUUUGCUUUGAGAGACGGUUUGCCAUUAGGCAUUUUCGUCUCUUUUGUUUAUGCAUCGAAUAAAAUGAAGUCCCACGGGGCAAUAGUUCAAAGACUUCCAUCUUGUGCUACAAUCGGCUUAGUCACCACAAUCUGCACUGGCACAACCAAUGAUCUCGCCUUGCACCAUUCAAAAAUGGCCGAUUUGUGGAUUGGUUUCGAUUGUAUUAAGGAUGUCUCUACAGAAGUAGCUCGAGAAGUCCUUAAAAUUUUGCAAGUUGGAGUUUGUGCAUAUGCUUCUUGCAAUGGCCAAGGAAAUGCUCUUUGCUAUUGGGCUCACCAGGUGCUUGGUAUUGAUUUGGUUGAAUUCAAUAAUUCUUGUACCAUCCUUGAUAUUAAAUCUCCUGAUCUCAACAGGAAUUCUUGUGGUUUGGUGCUAAAUAAACAUAAAGAAGCAGGCAGAGUUCUGCACAUUCAUUGGAAUGGAGAAUUUGAAAAAAUGCUAUCCAUGUGCUCUCAUUAUUGUGAGGGUGAUGGAACAAUGCAUAUCCUAGAUGAAGAUAAAAAGGAUUUGUUGAAUAGAGAAUUUCAGCAAAUUGCAUCCAAUUGUCUCCAGGUCCUGGCUUUUGCUUAUAAACAAAUAAACCAGGAAGAAGAGAAAGGUGAGAUUGAAGAAGAUGAUGCUGAUGAUAAUGAGGAAACCCUAAAACCUUUGGAACAUGGGUUAAUCUUUUUAGCCCUUGUGAGCUUGAAGAAUCCAUAUGCACCUAAGAUGAGACAAGCAAUUCAAGAUUGUCGAGCUGCUGGUGUUGCUUUCAAGUUAGUCGUUGAUACUGACAUAACCACAGCAAGAAUCAUGGCCCUUUAUUCUGGAAUUUUAAGGCCUGAAGAAGAUAUUGAAGGAGCUAUAACUGAAGCAUCUGAUUUCCGCAAGAAAGACAGAGAAGAACGGCUGAAGACAAUAGAGAACAUCCAUGUGAUUGCCAAUACCUCUCCUACUGACAGACUACAGUUUGUGCAGUGCCUAAAAGAGAAAAAUAAGAUUGUAGCACUCACUGGUUUGUGUACUAGAGAUUGUCCUUCUCUAAUAGAAGCUGAUGUUGGGAUUUUCAUGGGCAACCUGAGUGGUGCCGAAGAUGCAGAUAUUGUUGUCUUGAACAAGAAUGUUUCGCCAAUCUUCACCAUCAUAAAAUUGGGAAGGUGCAUACACGAAAGCGUUAAAAAGUUCAUGCAAUUACAAUUGACUCUCAAUAUUACUGCCUUCACUGUCAACUUCGUCUUUGUAAUAGCUAGGAGAGAGGUGCAACUUUUGCCAUUUCAAGUCCUGUGGAUAAAUCUUAUUAUGGAUGUUCUUGGCGCCCUAGCUUUGGCUAUAAGAUUCGUAGAACUGCGGGGAGAAUCCGGUGUUCAGGAUGUGGAUGAUCCGAUCAUAACCAGGACAAUGUGGAGAAACAUAGCAGUUCAAUCCUUGUUCCAGAUCACGAUUUUAAUGAUCGUACAAUUGAAGGGGUCUAAUUUUUUUCACGAAGCCGAUGAGACAGUCAUGAAAUCCAUGACCAACGGCUGUUAUGUCUUCUGUCAAGUUUUCGGUUUGAUCACAGCCAUGAUGAUGUUCAAGUAA